AUGCCUUUCCCGAUGAGGAUCCAGCCGAUCGACUCCAUCCCAAGCGACGCCGUGAAGCCACCGGUGCUCAGAUCUCGCCUGAGGCGGCUCUUCGACCGCCCCUUCAACGGCGUCCUCAAAACCUCGUCGUCGGAGAAGACGACCGCAGGCGCCGCCGCCGGCGGCGGCGGCGCGGCUGAGUUCGAGCCGAGCUCGGUCUGCCUCGACAAAAUGGUUCAGAACUUCAUUGAAGGCAGCAGCGAGAAACAAUCGGCGGUGAAAUGCUCCCGGAACCGCUGCAACUGCUUCAACGGCAACAGCAACGACAGCUCCGACGACGAGCUUGAUUUCUUCUCCGACACGCUCACCCCCAAUUCUUCCUUCACCGACCCUUGCGAUACACUCAAGAGCUUGAUUCCGUGCGAGAGCGUUGCAGAGAGAAAUCUGCUCGCCGACAGUUGGAGAAUCGCGGAGAAGCACGACAGAAGCUGCAAAAGGAAACAUGAAUUGAGGAAAAUCAUCACCGGCGGUCUAAUUGCUCUCGGCUAUGACGCCUCCGUCUGUAAAUCCAAAUGGAAAAAAUCUUCCUCCAUUCCAGCCGGCGAGUACGAGUACACGGAGGUGAUGGUGGAGGAUGAGCGGCUGAUAAUGGACGUUGAUUUCCGGUCGGAGUUCGAGAUUGCCCGGUCCACCAAGGCUUACCAGGCGGUCCUGCAGUGCCUGCCCUACAUAUUCGUCGGGAAAGCCGACCGGCUCGCACAGAUCGUGACCAUCGCCUCGGAGGCCGCCCGGUCAAGCCUGAAGAAGAAGGGGAUGCACGUGGCGCCCUGGCGCAAAGUCGAGUCAGAUGGUGAGGGCCGGGCCCGGCCCGGACCGGCCCGGCCCGGGAGGCUCCCUCGUGGUAUCUUGGACGACGUGAAGGGGAGGCAAAAGGAAGAGAGGUGGUUCAUUAAAAUAACGUGA